GCGGCCGCCGUCGGUCACGGCGUGUGUAACGGUGCGGCGGCCUCACUUUCCGUGAGGCUCUUCCCGGCCCGGUGCGGGCAGAGCCCCCGCGGCCUCGCCCCGGCGGCGGUGGGCGUGAGGAGGCGGGGGCGAGCGGCCCGAACGCGGGUGUCGCUGUCGGCAGGGCCCGCGGCUCCUGCCCCGCGGCAGCUCGUUUCCUGUCAGCUGUGAAACUUGAUCUGAAAAGACCCAGAAGCUAUGGGUCUGUCCGCAUCCUCCCCGGCUGCUGCAGGUCAGUCGCCGAACGCAUCCAAGCAACAUCCGACGGCAUCUCCACCUUCAGAAUGCCCUAUGCAUCAGGAAAAAAUGAGUGGUUGUCCAAUGCACAUGAAGAGUCCUGAUCACAGAACUGAGAACACAGAUGAUGUUCCUGCACAUCAGGAAAGAGCGUAUGAAUUUGUAGCAUGUCCAGUGACGUCUGCUGCAUCUCGAGUGAAAGAUGACAUAGAUCCUAGCAAUAUGAUGCCUCCUCCUAAUCAGCAGCCAUCCCCAGAUCAACCAUUUCCGUUGUCUACUGUUAGAGAAGAAUCUUCCAUUCCUAGAGCACAUUCUGACAAGAAAUGGGUCUACCCUUCAGAGCAAAUGUUCUGGAAUGCUAUGCUAAGAAAAGGGUGGAGGUGGAAGGAUGAUGACAUAACAGGUGAAGACAUGACCAACAUCAUUAAGAUUCACAACCAAAAUAAUGAGCAAGCUUGGAAGGAGAUUUUGAAGUGGGAAGCUCUUCAUGCUGGGGAAUGUCCAUGUGGACCAUCACUGAUGCGGUUUGGUGGCAAAGCAAAGGAGUAUUCACCAAGAGCCAGAAUACGUUCAUGGAUGGGAUAUGAACUUCCCUUUGACAGACAUGACUGGAUUGUUGACCGAUGUGGAAAAGAAGUGCGCUACGUUAUUGAUUACUACGAUGGUGGGGCAGUAGAUAAGAACUACCAGUUCACUAUCCUGGAUGUUCGCCCUGCGUUUGACUCUCUCUCGGCUGUGUGGGACAGAAUGAAGGUAGCUUGGUGGCGGUGGACUUCAUAACUGUUCCUGUGGUGUGUAGUCGAAAAGUAAACCACUUUCCUCCUAGACUAAGUGAAUACUAGGACUUGAAAUGGGAGUUCACUGCAACUGUCAUUAUUUUCAUCAUCACCACUGUUCUUUGGGGGUGGGAAGGGAGGAUGGGGAAAUACAUUGUUAAGUACAUCGGUGCUUUAUGGUAUUUUGGAUUAAAUAAUAAAGUUAUAGCAGCAAAAACACGUAUCUUAAUUUUCUUAAGAGCUGGCAAAUCUUUUCUUAUUUUGUCACAGAUUCUGUGUAAGCUUGCCUUCUUUUUAUUUCAUGACUCCAGAGCUGCACCAAAUAUAUUAGGUUUCUGAUUCUGACUGGAGUUUUAAGUAUUACUUAAAUAAUGAAAACUGGAAAUCUCAUAAACGAUUUCACGUAGUUACAGUGUUUGGAUACUUUAGAUGAUGAAUAAAGGAUAAAAGAUUUGGAUUGUUUCAAACGGCAUGUUUUAUUAACUAUAUAAAACCAUGUGUUUGUUUUCACAUGGGCACUUUACCUGCUCAAAUACAUGCUUCCUCAGAAAACUUUAGUCAAGUUUAUUCUGUUAAAGGAAGUAUAGUGUAGUAUGAGUAUUUUUAAAGGUAUGUUAAGUUGAAAAUACAGAGAAUAUACACAUGCCUUAAUCUGCAAUUUGUCUUUGAACAGAAGAACAUCCAUUUGUAGCAGGAAAUGAGUGGCAGUUACUUUUAAAACAUUUCUUAAAGGAGAUAAAAAUUGAUAUUUAAUGUCUAUUUAUUUGAGUAUUUAAGGGUUUGUUUUCUGAUGUAAGAAAACGAUAUUCUUUCAGUAUUUUCAUGUCUUUAAUGUGUGUCUCAAAUAAUGCAUUCAGGACAGAAUUAAGCCUCAUUUAAACAAACUUAUGCAGUGCAUCAUCUGUAUUUUGCAUCUUGGCUUCAUCAACUGUACCGUAGCAGGUGUUUGGGUUUUCUUAUAACAUGGAAUCGCACAAGUGUGUAUGACUACACAGUCGUACGCUUUUCUGCAUAGUGAUUAUAGUGAGGUAUAUUACAGAUGUGUAGAUAACUUGGCUAAAAGGGUAUCCAAAGUGCCAAGAAAUAAGGUUGGCGUGAGCGUUUUCUAAGAGUGCUGCAUGUUAAUGCUGUGUGGCCUGAAGAUUUGAUUAAUGUUUGUGCUUAAUAAGGGAAACUAACUGUUUGGUUUUUUUUUUUUUUAGUCUUCCACUGUAAUAGCUUUAAAUUUGCAUGGCUUGGUAAAUUUCAGGUGCUACAUAUCCCUAAACUUAAAUUGUUCCUCCCUUUCAGCAUAUAUUACUUUUGAGAAUGAGUCCUCCAUGCAAAACACCAAAACACUUGGGAAUGGAAGGAAUAAGAGAGUAUCAGAUUGUAGCUUCUCCAAUGGCAGACACUUCCUUCAUGGAACUUCACAACCUUAGCUGGGAACCAGCUGUACACUCAUUUUCCGAAAGUGGUUAUUUUUAACUGACAUUGGAAGCUUUUUUUUUUGCUUUUUUUUUUUUUUUUUUUUAAAUUGUCUGAGGGGAAAGCCCCUCAGUGUUUCAGUCAAGUAACUUCCCACUUAGGAAAAAAAAUUAUUCAGGGGAGCUUCCAUACUUUAAGGUACUUCAGAGGCAACUGUCCUGCAUGGUAGAAAGAAAUAUUACCCAGAAGUCUAAAAUCUUAAGAGAAAAUCACUCUUACCCCUAUCCACUUUCCUCAUUCCUUUUUCACUUUUUUUAGCGAUUCAUAUAAAAAUGAAAAAUAGUUUGGGGAAAAAAAAAAUCUCCAUCUGAGUAGGCAAUGUAUAUAUGAGAUUAUGAGAGGUGAGCUUGUAUGAAGCAUAUCUGAUAAUGAAAGAGCGGCUUGUUCCAACAGUAAAGACUGAGGCUUACUACUUUUGGGGUGGGUUUGGUGUUUUUUUGGUUGGUUUAUGUAUAUGUUUGGUAACCUGAUAUAUGCAGAAUUCUGUAUUUCUCACAACUAAAUAUGGAAAAGGUACACCAAUGCAGGGAGUGCUUCAGAAGCUUCAAAUGAACAAGUUUGCUUUGUUGAUUUCCGAAGUGUGAUGUUGAGUGCAUUAUGGAAACUGUAGUUGCUGCUAAACCUGGUGGAAGGCGUCAUGUUCACUUUAUGCAUUUAUCGUCUUCUGUUAUGUUCCAUCUCACAUAGAUUCAAAAUUGUUCUUUUCUGUGCUGCUGUUAAUGAAAUGUACUCCUUUGUCAUCAAACGAAAAGGAGAAUCAAAUAAAUAUACUUUUCUUAA